CGCCGGAAGGACAGCGGAACUUGAACCCCAAGUCACCCUUCGGGGUCAUUCAGCCGCGGUGACCAGCCUCGCCAUCGCCCCUCAUCGCGGCUUGGUGUACUCGGCAUCGCUAGACUCUACAAUAAGAGUUUGGUCGAUCCCAUCGCUACAGCACGCUACAUAUUCCCCGUAUGACCCCUCAACUACGCGUGGAGAGCUUGUAGGCCAUACGGAUGCUGUCUGGGGCUUGACUUUGUUGAGAGAAGGUAGUUUGCUCGUGAGUUGCGGAGCGGACGGUAUGGUUAAGGUUUGGGACGUUGGAGGAAUUGGUCCAGGAUCUCUACGCUCAAGUUGGGGCUAUGGUGGCGUCGGCGUGGAGGCAGCAUCAGACAGCGAAGGAAAGGAUGUUAUUGGUGCAACUGCCGUCGAAUCCAUUCUAACCAACCUUAAAUGGGUUGCUGUUGCAUAUCGUAAUGGUAUCGUCAAGAUUUUUGAUGCGGAAGCAGGGAAAGAAGUAGCCGCUUUACAAGCAGAUGAAACAGGAUAUGAGGACAGGAAUAUCCGAGUCUUCGAUCUAUCAACAUUCACUUGCACCCACUCGAUGCUUACUCAUCUUGAUGCGGUUACUGCCUUAUCUCUUGACCCGUCUGGGCAUACACUUGUGUCCGGAUCUCAUGAUAACUCGGUACGAUUCUGGGAUCUUCUCGGCCAAAAACAAUGCAUCCAAGAGGAUACAAAGCACCGACAAAAGGGUGAAGAAGGAGUGCUGGCGGUUCAAUUCCACCCAAGUUUGCCGUUCAUGGCAAGUGCUGGAGCAGAUGGGCUA